AUGUUCGCCCAGCCGUGCAUGUGCGACGACGGGUGGAGCGGCGACUUGUGCGAGUACAACCUCACUGAUCAUUGCUCGAUGCGCGGUGAACGUCUACCGGACGGCGGUUGCGCCUGCCAGCCGUACUUUUUCGGCUCGAUCUGCCAGUACACGAGUCGCUGCGACCAGGGCCAUAUUCGGCACGGCAGGUGUAUCUGUCAAAAGGAUUGGGGCGGAGACUAUUGCCAUCUGAUCGUCUGUCAUUACGGGUAUCCAGACGUCAUGAACCGAUCGCGAUCCUGCAUCUGCCCGCCCAAGUACAAGGGCGCCCACUGCGACCAAUGCGCCCAGGUGGGACCAAAAAUUGGCGUCUACCCGAAGUGCGCCGUCAGCCUGAUUCCCCGCCAUGCGAUGGCCCGGAAAAAGACCAAAUCACAGAUCCGCUCCCACCUCGUCAUCAUCCUGGGCGCGUGCGGAUUCCUGGCCGUCCUCGCGCUGGCCAUGGCCUACGUGCACUACCGCCGGAAAAAGGCCAAAAACCCAGAGAUUGAACUGGCUCGCCAGCAAGAACUCAACGAGCGCGCGGCAAUGCUCACCGAGCAGGCCAUGCGCAGCGCUCUUCCGGGACCGCAACGAAAGCGCUCUCUGCUUGGGACUUUCCAACUCAGAAGAGACUUCCCCAGCGAACGGCGCUCUUCCGGGGAGCGACGUCGCUCGUUGCCCUAUCCAUUCGCCACAAGGCCUCGCCGGGCAACGGCUGACGAU